AUGGCUUGUCCCUUGUCUCUCUACAGGGGCAUGGCUGCUCCUCUAGCCUCUGUCACCUUUCAGAAUGCCAUGGUAUUUCAGAUCUAUGCAAUGCUAUCGCAAACAUUUGAUAAAAAUAUCCCAGCAAGCGACCCACCCUCAUACAAAGGAGUAGCUUUGGGUGGCACUACAGCGGGAGCAAUUCAGAGCCUAAUUAUCAGCCCUGUAGAAUUAGUGAAAAUCCAACUUCAAUUGCAAAGCAAAACCAAGCAAUGCAGCAAUCGAACAACUAGUCUCAAUGGACCAAUCGAUGUCACAAGAAGAAUAUUCAGACGGGAAGGUUGGAUAGGAAUCUAUCGUGCACUAACAGUUACUGUCCUCAGAGAUGCACACUCUCACGGUCUAUAUUUCUGGGUAUACGAAUACACUAAGGAGAAACUUCUCCCUGGCUCUCGCAAGAACGGUCAAGAGAGCUUCCAAACAAUGCUCGUAGCGGGUGGUCUUGCAGGAGCUGUUAGCUGGAUAAGCUGUUAUCCCUUAGAUGUUGUUAAGACAAGACUCCAAGCUCAAUCACAGUCUAAAUCUGCAAAAUAUUGCGGUAUUGUUGAUUGUUUCAGGCGAAGUGUGAGAGAAAAGGGACACGGUGUGCUCUGGCGAGGUGUGGGGACUACAGUUGGCAGAGCAUUUCUAGUGAAUGGGGGUAUAUUCACUGUCUAUGAAACUGCCCUGAGGUUCCUUCGCAGUAACAAUGACAUUGACCAAUGA